CCUUCUCAGUCUAUCUGCCUCAGUGCUCUAUCUAGGCAUCUUGAUGUAACCUUUCUCUGAUUCAUCCUUCCCAAAUACGGAAGUCCCGGAAGCGGCUGCCCGAGGCUCAGUUGAGUGACAGCAGGAGAGCGCCGGGGACGCCAGCACCGGACCUCCUUAGCCGAAACACAUCUCGCUUUUUCUAAGGAAAACGUGAGAGCGAACCCCGGAUCCCUUGUCGGAGGGCCGUUGACAUGGAAGCACUGGUUGAGCGUCUGGAGCAGGCAGUAAUUCGUCUGGAGGCGGUGGCGGUCAAACUGCAGAACUGUCCCGGGGGCUUGGUCAAUGGAGACAUCAGCAGCAUUAUCAACGGAGGUGAAUCCGAAAGCAUGGAGGCGUUCGACCGUUUGCUGAGUGGUUCGGUGUCUGAAUAUUUGAGGACCAGCACAGCGAUUGGUGGAGACGUGGCCAAGCAUGCAGAGAUGGUGAGCAAUGCCCUGCAGGUCCAGCGAGUUUUCCUCAAAAUGGCCAUGACGCAUAAGGAGCCGGCAAAGACUGAGAUGGCUGACCUCCUCAGACCCAUCUCCGACCAGAUCCAGGAGGUCCAGAAUUUCCGGGAAAAGAACCGCGGCAGCAGCCUGUUCAACCACCUGUCUGCCGUGAGCGAGAGCAUCUCCGCCCUGGGCUGGGUGGCAGUGUGUCAGAAACCAGGGCCGUAUGUGAAGGAGAUGAACGAUGCUGCAAUGUUCUACACAAACAGAGUUCUGAAAGAUUACAAAGACACUGACCCCCGUCAUAUUGAGUGGGUUCGUUCCUAUCUAAGCAUCUGGACUGAACUUCAGAACUACAUAAAAGAGCACCACACCACUGGACUCGUCUGGAACAGGACUGGUCCUGUAGCCUCUCCUUCACUGUUCAGUGCUCCUCCUCCUCCUCCUCCACCACCACCACCACCAGGUCCUCCUCCGAUGUUCAUGGAUGACAGCCCCAAACACGAGGACACAGCAGCCCAGCAAUCUGCUCUGUUUGCACAGCUCAACCAGGGAGAGGCCAUCACUAAAGGUCUGAAGCAUGUGUCUGAAGAGCAGAAGACCCAUAAGAACCCCAACUUACGCUCUCAGGGAGAGAAGACACAUCAGGGAUCUUCAGGCAAAAGCCAGAAGCCCAGCUCGUCUGCCUGUGCAGCUGCCAAAAAACAUUCCCCCGUGCUGGAGCUGGAAGGAAAGAAGUGGAGGGUGGAGCACCAGGAGAAGUCUCAUGACCUGGUGAUAGAGGAGACCGAGCUCAGACAGGUGGUUUAUGUCUUUAGCUGUAGCAACUCCACACUCCAGAUCAAAGGCAAAGUCAACUCCAUCAUAGUGGAUGACUGUAAGAAGCUCGGACUCGUGUUUGACAAUGUGGUGGGCAUCGUAGAGAUCAUCAACUCCAGAGACAUUCAGCUUCAGGUAAUGGGGAAGGUUCCUACUAUUUCCAUUAACAAGACCGAGGGUUGCCAUGUCUACUUGAGCAAGGAUUCACUUGACUGUGAGAUUGUCAGUGCCAAGAGCUCUGAGAUGAACGUUCUCGUUCCUGAGGGAGAUGAUGAUUACAGGGAGUUUCCAAUCCCAGAGCAGUUUAAAACGGUUUGGGACGGCUCCAGCCUUGUGACAGAGCCCACAAAGAUGGCUGGUUGAUUUCUUCUCCAGCUCGUCAUCGCUUUCCUCCUACCCAGAAUUCUUCAAGCACUUUCACUGUAUCACACUGUUAGCGGAGAUGGAAGAAUUCAUACAUUGUGGUUGUGAGAGUUGUAGAUUUAGGCUAAGGAAAUUCAAUUUAUGAGCAAAAUAUGGACAAAAGUUCCAUUUCCACGAACCAAUUUUGAAACAUUUUAACAAACGGAGAUGGAGAUGUUUCUCCGUAACAAUAAAACAAUUAUCCUUAGCAAUAAAAAUACAUAAUAUAGAUAUUUAUUAUACAUUAAAAGUAACUACACGUGAUGGUACUAUUAUGUGUGAAUAUGGGAUUUUUUAGUCAACAACUCAAAGUACUAAGUUAAAAUAAUUAAUAAUAAACAAAUUAAAAAAUAAUGAAUCAGUAAGUAAUUUAUUUAAUCUCAUAGCUAUUUAUUUUAAAUCAUUCAUUUAUGUUGGUUUUUGUCUUUUUUGACAUAUUUUGAGUACUUAUGUUGAUGUCAUAAAUUCUCAUAUUAUAUACAUUUUGGUUCUGUGUAGUAAUAUAUUAAACCAUAAAAAAAUAUAUAUUUUACAAUAUAUUACGACUAUAUUUAGCUAUAACUUGUUUUUAUUGAGAUUUUACAUUUCCUACAGAUUCCAGAUCCUAGUUUCAGUUCAUAACCUCUUCUUCUGCAAAAAAAAAAGUUUAUUUGGCAAGGUAAACUAGUAUAUUCAGGCUUUGGACGCAGAAUAUGUGCAAUCAUGAGCGGAGGACAAAAAAACAAACCGAUAUUUUACAAUCAAACCUCUUUUUAUUCUGAGUGUGAUAAAUGAUUUGUUCUGCAAAUGAAUGAGUGCCUUUGGGGGUGUUUUUAUAAGAUUUUAUAUUAUUUUAAUAUCGUUCAGAUAUUGCUUAAUUUUACCACUCUAUAUUUCAUUUAUAAUCUCAGACUACUCAUUCGAGAUGCAUUUUUGGUAGUCAAAUGUUUGUAUUGACAGGCACCACUUGACUCAACACCAACAGGAUAGUAAUGACGUGCUGUUAAUAUCAUUAAGUAAAUAUUCAUGUCCAAAAUAGUUUCCUAGGUGUUCUCACUUUGCACCCGCAUAUUUACGUUGCUUGUAAAUGUACAUGUUUUAAAUGUUUCUUCAACGGGAAGGUCUUGAACACUUCAGCUCAUUUUGAAUGUAUGCCAACCAUGUGUUAAUACGUAGCAUUCUUCAGUCCAUAAAAGGGAAUCAUGUUACAUUUGCUCGGUCAGUAAACAGUCGACAUUGAACUAAACAAUGUAAUGCUUAAACGAAGUAGAAUGUGUACACUGUAUUAAAUCACACGCCUUAAAUUGUAAUUUACCAAAGUAUUUUCACGUUACCUAUCAACUCAAUCAAAUAAAGUAAUUGUGAACUCACUACA